AUGGCAUCGACAACUAAUUUCUUGAUUGCACUUGCUGUUGUUGUGGUAAUGGUUGCUGGUCCAGCAAUGGCAACUGAGCAUUGGGUUGGAGAUGAUCAAGGUUGGAAGCUCGACUUUAACUACACAAAAUGGGCUGCCACCAAAGAAUUCCAUGUUGGAGAUAAGCUCAUAUUCAAGUACAAGAAAGAUGUUCACAAUGUGAUUAAAGCAGAUCAACAAGCCUUCCAAAACUGCAAACCAAGUAGUGAUGUUACACCCUUAACUUCUGGAAAUGAUGUGAUCAACCUUACAUCACCAGGGAAAAAAUGGUACAUUUGUGGAAUAGGCCAACAUUGUGUAAAGGGAGUGAAACUUGCUAUCAAUGUUUUGGAAGCUGAAUCUGGAUCCCCUGCUCCUUCACCAAGUGGCCCUGCUCCUUCAUCUGCUUCUUGGAUUUCUCCUAAUGAAAAUUUUGUUGCUUUAAUUGUUGCUGCAUUUGCAAUGUUCGUCGUGAUAAUGUCUUGAGGAUUAAAUUAGUUUGCGCUUUUUUUCGGUCGAAUGGAGGGUGAUUUAACUAUCAUAUGUCAUUUUGUUGUGUAAUUUGUGUUCACAUUGAUUUCAAUAAGAUAAUUGAGCGGUCAGCUAGUAGAGUCUGAAACUCCUGGAUUGUAAUAGUUUAGUAGGAACUGGUGUUUAAAUGUUUCACAUUUUGAUUUAUUCUACUUUGAUUAAUGUGUUUUCCGAGUUUUUGAAUUUGUUAUUUACCAUGUGAUUGCUGUGAUAUCCUAAAACCUGAUUUUAAUAUGUAUAUGUACAUUACACUUAUACCACUUAAACAUCUAGUUAAUUUAUAAAUGGUCAUGUAAUUUUUAUUUUGUUGCACAACUUUGCCGGAAUAUUGCAAUAAGUCACUAAACUAUUUUUGUAAUGAAGAAGCCAUCUGACUUUGCCUAAGUAUCACAAAAAUAAAUGUCUCAUUUUUUUCAUUAAAAUGACUUCUUAUGAUAUUUCAGAAAAGUUGAAUGACUUUUUAGUUAGGUUGAAUACAUCACAAUACCUUAUACUUGCUAUUAAAUUUUAUUUAGACACUCGUACUACAACCUGUUUCGAUUGAGUACCUGAACACAUAAUAAAGUGAUCUUAUUAGACAUUUUCGACUCAAAUAUUGAAAAAAGCUCAUGUUUGAAGCGCACAUAUAUUUAGAUGAAAAUGCUUAAUCAUCAUAUUAGACUAAAAAUGAAAAGCUUACACCUUUAAAGUUAGAUUACAAUUUUACCCCUAUUAUAAAUCAAAAUGUAAUAAAACAGCUAAUUAAAUAAUAAAUAGUAGUAAUAUUUUAUGUGGCCAUCUGAAAGGUUCCAACAUUUUUAUUUUAGAUUUUACUUUUUCUUUUACUUGUUAUGUUUAUUAAAUGUAUAAGCUUAGCAGUAAUAAAUAUUUACUUGCCAAUUUGAUAAUUUUAUUCAGCAGAUAAAAUAAUCAAUUAGCAAUUUACUUUAGUAACAGAUAAUUUUCUUAACUGAUCAAUUGAAUCACCAAAAGUUUACCCAACAUACAUUCACUUUAGCCAUAAGUUGACAUUUAAUAGGAUCCCAAUGAAAUUUCCUAACUUCAUUUUCAAAUCAUUCACAGGCGGUGAAACACCCCUGCCUUCAUCAUCAAAAACGUUUGGUUUAUCCUUCCUUUAAUAAAUUUUUUUGAUUUAAAAACUGUGAAACGGUUGCUUGGGUAUCGUAAAAGUUAGUUCUGAUCAUGAAAUGACUUAAUAAAUUGGUACUAUAAAAUGUGAACCGACGAAAAGAUUGAUAUCUAUGUGGCUAGAAGAGAAGAACUUGGAGCAAAAAAAAAAAAAAAGAAAA